CAAUGCGAACUUAUUCGUAUCCAUCCACCACUUUUGAUUUGCUACCCCAAAUCUCAACAGAAUGCGUUCCAUCCUGGUCGCUACGCUGAUGUCGGUGGCACUAUUUGUCACUUCUUUCGGCAAACCACAUUGUUGUGAUGAGAACAAAGUGUUCACCGAGUGUGGAUCGGCGUGUCCAGAAACGUGCGAAACAAUCGAGCACAAGGAACCUGAACCGUGUCCGGAAAUUUGUGUGCCUGGCUGCUUCUGCCGCGAAGGUUUCGUUCUGGACCCGGACAACAAAUGUGUGGAACCGGUGGAUUGUCCCAAUAAUGCUACUACUUAUGCCUAUUAAUAUUCACAUAGGGG